AUGCGGGUCCUACUGGCUUCUCUUCUCUUUGGUGCAUGUCUCGCCGGACCUAUUGUAGACACAAAUUACGGAAAAGUAGAGGGAUUCGAGUACGAGGACGCUGAAGUGUUCCUUGCGAUUCCGUUCGCGAAGCCGCCAGUCGAUGAUCUCCGAUUUGAAGUAAGCAAGUGAUUGUUUACCUUUCACCGUCGGUGUUUCUUUAGAAGCCAGUGGCUCCGGAGCCGUGGGAAGACGUCUAUCAGGCGACUCAAUUCCGAAAUGACUGCACUCCCCACUACCGUCUCGUCGCACAGUUUUCCAGUUAUUCCGGAGAAGACUGUCUCACUUUGAACGUCAUCAAGCCAAAGAAGGCCGAGAAACUGCCGGUUCUUCUGUGGGUGCACGGCGGAGGAUACGAGAUCGGAUCGGGCAGUCAGCACGGAUACGAGGUGUUCGCGAAGAAGUACGCUCCGCAGGGAGUCAUUGUGGUCACCAUCCAGUAUCGACUCGGAUUCCUCGGUUUGUUCUGAACUUUGGAAAUCUUCUAAUUUGAGAGCCUCAGGGUUCUUCACGGAAGGAACAUCAGAUGUCCAAGGAAACUGGGGACUGUUCGACCAAGCUGCCGCUCUGAAGUUUGUGAAAGAGAACAUCGGGCACUUCGGAGGAGACGCCGGUCGGAUCACAAUCUGGGGAUACAGUGCGGGAGCCGCGAGUGUCUCCCAGCUGACGCUCAGUCCUUACUCGAGAGAUCUCUACUCUCAAUCGAUCAUCAUGUCGGCUAGUUCUUUUGCCGGAUGGGCGACUGGCUCCAAAGUGGUUGAUCACUCGAAGCAGUUGGCCGAGAUCUUGGGAUGUCCAUGGCCGAACUCGAGGGAAUGCAUGAAGAAGAAGCCGCUUCACGAGAUAUUCGAUGCAGUCGAGGUGCAGGGAUGGACCACUGGGACCAUUGAUAUUCUCCGUUGGUCCCCGGUUAUUGACGGUGAUUUCCUGCCGAAAAAUCCUGAAGAGCUGGUCAAAGAAGCGCCUGUCAAGCCAACGAUUAUUGGGCUUAGCAACAAGGAAGGAUCCUACUUUGGUUAGUUGUAUUGCCCAAAUGUAGAAGUUCUUAGUUUUCAGCUGCUGCGAACAUGGGAAGAGUAAUUGCCGAUUUCGGGUUGCCGCAGGAUACUCUUCCGAAGGUCGACGAAGAGUUCAUCUCGGAGAUCAUUGGCAGAAAACUGCUGUACGAAAACAGAUACGGAGAGAACAGACAGAAGGUGUGGGAAGAGAUUCUUGAUUUCUACACAAAGCAUGAUGUUCCCGAGGAAGAAAAGGAUCGGAACGGAUUCUACAUCAAUCAGUAUUCUGAGGUUGGAACUACUUUCCAGCAAGACCAGCAUUCCAUUUCCUUUCAGAUGCUGUCUGAUAUCUCAUUCAACGUGCCGAUUGUCCGUGAAAUUGUGAGCAGGGUCGAAAGGAAAACUCCAGUUUGGACCUAUCUAUUCGAGCAUUACAAUGAUAAAAUCUGGAAGAAGUACAUUCCGCAGCAAGUGAAAGGUUUGUUUCCAUGAAUCAACAGCCCAAGAGUCCAAAUUCAGGAUCGCCGCACGCCAACGAGUACCAUUAUCUGUUCGAAAUGCCAGUUCUUGCUCAAAUUGACUUGAAAAAGGAGCCGGACAGUUGGAUUCAACAUGAUCUAAUUAACUUGGUGGUUUCCUUCGCCAAGAAUGGGUAUGAGCUCAUGAACUCUCAAAUUUGAAUCAUUUUCAUUUACAGACAACCGAAUGUUCAAGAUUUGGAGUGGAGACCAGUUAGUGAUCCGGACGAUAUCAACUUCCUGGACAUUACCUCGAAUGGAGUCUCACUGAAGAGUGGGCUUUUCCAAGAGCCAGUUGAAUUCUGGAACGGUCUCCGAGACAGAGAAGGAUUCGAUCUGAUCGACCCGACUUCCAGCGAAUCCUGGUCCGCUCACAAAGAUGAACUGUAG